AUUAGUACAUACUUGUUGCACUGGUGUAGACAGUUCAGCUAAAAAGGAGAAAUAUAUUGUAGGAUAUACUUUGAAACGGUUAUAACUGAUUUUUUCUCAACUGUAUAAUAAAAUGGUUCCCUCCAAACCUAAAAAAGAUGAAUCUAGACGUUCAUCAAUCCUUAAAGCGUGCAAACCAAGACAGCCAUUGCAGAAUGUAAACUUCAAUCCUUCAUCUAAUGAAAACAGUCCAGCCACAUCAAAGAUCAAGAGACGCGUUAGUUUUGCGGAAAAGAAACAUGUCAAAGAAUUUUGCCAUUCCACGGAACAGGGGACCGUAUGGGAUAACACAUAUGAAGAACAUGAUUCUAUUCUUAAAGGAUCUUUUGCAACAGAUCAAAAUACAAAAGUUGAUUCUAAGGAGAGUGCAUCAAAAGUUCCUUCUGAAAAUGACCAUAUUGAUAUUGAUAUUGAAACUGGUUUAAAUCAUACAAGUGACUCUGAUCUAACACAUAGUCAGCAAUAUAGCACUUCUGCUACAGAAGUCCAUGAAAAUGAUAAAGAUGAUUUGAAUUUUACCAAUCCAGUGGAACAUGUGGAAAUAUUUAGUCAAGAACUUCCACUUGGGAAAACCAUUUCGCCAAAUGUACCUGAAAGUACAUCAGACAAUGCUGUUACUAUAUAUACAAACAAAGAUAAAGAAAAUUGUGCAAGUAGUAUUUACAAUGAAUAUUAUCCUAAGAUGUGUGUCAGUAAUGUUAAUUCUGAAUUGGAUAGAACAUGCGUCCAAGACAUGUCUAUGGAAUUUACAAUGAUAAUGCCUGCAUCUUCAAUACCAGUAUAUUGUGAUGCAGAAGAUAAGCAGGAGAAUGUACAGAAAGAUAAUGUUCCACAACAUCAGGAUGAUUUUGAUACAAAUUGUACCAUGGAAAUAACUAAGGUAGUAUCAUGGAAAAACAAAGCAGAAACUUUUGUGCCAACUUCAAAACAAGAAAAUUUAUAUGAUAGAAAUGAUAUAAACAGUUCAUUUACUGAAAAAACUAAAUUAUUACUCAAGUCUAUGGAUAUUACUGAGUCUGUCUCAGUCCCUUUGUGUCAGCAGAAAAUGUAUAAUAUUAAGCAUGCAACAAAAUCAUUGGUCUCUAAUUGCAAUAAUGAAUCGUUGGAAAUUACUCAAGCUGUUCCAAUAUCAGUGGAGCCCAUCAAAUCUGACAUAGAAGCUUUCAGGAAAGUUCCAGUAAUAGUGCAGAAUUACGAAGAUGUAAAGUGUAAUGCUUCAAAUAAUAGUAUGAAGCUUCUGACAAACUUACAAUCAACCGAAAAUAUUAUUUCCAGUCAGAUACACGAUGCUAAUUAUUCUAAUUCAUAUCUUGUGCCAGAAAAUAGUAUAAAAUUAACGAGUGUAGUACGAUCACAUGUGGCAGACAGUGACACAUUUAAUAUGAAUAAUGGUGGAAAUGAUGGAAAUUUUAACAUUUCAAUGGAAAUGACUACUGCUCUAUCUAAAAUAGAUGAAAAAAGUACUAUACCUUCUUGUAACAAAAUUGUAACUAAAGAAGAUAAUUUGAGGAAAAGUUGGGAGAACACUGAACAUCCCAAUAAAACUGAGUUCUUCAAAGAUGUACCGAUGGAAAUAACGAGACCUGUAAAUCUGUAUGAAAGAAAUAUUCCACAUCCUAGCAGUGAAGAUACAGUUGCAGGAAAAAAUUUGCGAAAGUAUCAGGAAACUAAUGAGAAUUCUGGUGGAACCGAGUUUUUCAGUGACACAACGAUGCAAAUGACAAGACCUAUCAAUGUCAUGUUACCAACAAGCAUUCAGGACAAAAAGAAUUUAAGAAUAGACGAACCAAUGCUCAAAGAAUACAGAAAUACGUUCUUGUAUAAUACGUCUAUGGACAUGACUAAGAUACAAUCAAGAAACAAAGAAGAAAUGUUUAAUCCAAUUAUUCAUGAAGAAAACGAAUGUGAGAGAAAGAAUACGAAUAACUCAAUGACUUUUAGUCAAAGAACCAAGUUAUUAUGCACGUCUAUGGACAUUACCGAAGCUGUUCCGAAUUCUUUGUUGCGUGAGAAAACAUGUAAUACUGAAAACACUGCAGAAAUUACGGAAACCGUGGUUUCUCAUACUGUUACAACGCCAAAAACACAUUUGCCUAGAGAAGAUUUUGCAGGAUCGUCAUUUCAAACUGACCCAAUUGUAAAUAAUAAUAAAGUAAUUAAUGUAUCAAUGAAAGUUGAUACUGUUACUAUUCAAUCAACUGUGCAUCAUAUGGGAGACAUUACAUUAAAUGAAAUGGAAAAUUUGGGUAUUUCUAAGAACGAUGAGUCUCAACGUCCAACAGUAAAUAACAUAAUAGAAUUUAAGAAGAGCAAAACAAAAGAAAAUGUUACAAUUCCGAGAGAAACUAUGGAGACGACAAAUCUAUAUAAUACAUCGUCCAAUACUAGUGCCUUAACAAAUAAUUUCGAUCACUCGUCAAGUGCAGCUUUGAAUAUGCAUUAUAUGGAAGAUAUUAUACAAAAUGAAAUGGAAAAUUUGGGUGCUUCCAAGAACAAUAAAUCUCAACGUCCAACAGUAAAUAAUGUAAUAGGAUUUAGUAAGAACGAAAAUGUUACAAUUCCCAGAGAAACUGUGGAGACGACAAAUCUACACAAUGCAUCAAUCAGUACCAAUGUCUUAAUAAACAAUUCCGAUGACUCGUUAAGUGCAGCCUUGAGUAUGCAUCAUAUAGAAAACAUUACACUAAAUGAAAUGGAAAAUUUGGAUGCUUCCAAGAACAAUGAAUUUCAACAUCCAACAGUAAAUAACAUAGUAGAAUUUAGGAAGAGCGAAAUAGGAGAAAAUGUUACAAUUCCGAGAGAAACUGUGAAAACCACAAAUUUACAUUUUAUAUCAACCAAUACUAAUGUCUUAACAAAUAAUUCCGAUCACUCAAGUGCCUUGAUAAAUACCAGUAGAAAAAGACUAUCUUAUGAAAAUGAAAAUACAAGUACGAAAAAAUUUCGCAGCGAUUCUUUUGUGGAAUUUCAGCCCUCUGUUUACGACAACACGCAUUUAUCUUCCAAGACUGAUGACAAAUAUGUUAGCAAUAAAUAUUUAACAAAGGAUCUUACACGAAUCUCGACACUGUCAUGCGGAUCAAAUGGCAGUGAUAGUCUGAAUAAGAUUGAAGAAUGUAGUUUUUUGAGAAAGAAUCUAGAAAACAGUUUCAUGGAAUUGCAGUCGAUCAAUCCACCGUCGUUUGUCUAUAUGAGUAGUGAGGAAGAAAUCUCUUUCGCUGAGUUUUUGCGGGAAAAUAAACUACAUACAUCGAUCACUACCGAUGCUGUACCAAUCAAUAAUAAAAAUAAUAGUUCCGAGAGAUUAGAGCCGGUGAACAUCGAACAUCAUGAAACGGAAGACUGUCACAAAAGCGUUGUGACGAAUACAAUCGUAAAUAAUCGGGAAACUGAUUGCCAAGCAAUCGAAACAACAAUUACCGAUGAUCAUCGAGUCGAUGAAUUAAAUCGCUACGUAAUAGAUGUAGAGCAUCUCGACGGAAAAAACUUGCUGUCAACAAAUAACGUUGAUCGCAGAAAGACGAUGAUACUAUCUAGCACUAAUCAUUUCACAAAAACAAACGUAACGACAAAAGAAGAUCAAAUAGACAAGAAGGAACAUACCCGAGAGGAGAUAAACGAUGAAAUAAAAUUACGAAAUAUUGAGCAGAAAGAACAGCGCUCAGAGAUAGGAAAAGAAGAGGAACGUUGCAUUGAUAGCCUGAAAGAAACAGAAAGUGCAGUUGAAGAACAAGUGAAUCAAGAUGAAUAUUGUCAAGAGAAUUCAGAUGGUAAAGUGAAUCCACAAGAUGUAGAAAAGAAGGAAGACUGUGUAGAAGAGAGACUCGACGCAGAACAAGACGUUAACAAAAUUGAGAAGGAAGAAUCUUCAGUCGAACAAAAUCCGUUUUUAUCGUUAUCGCAAAAAUUGGAGGCUUAUGCUGAGAAAAAAGACUGCAUUUGGAGUGUGUAUUACAAAAAUGUCGAUAGGAGAAUGAUUGGGUUCGGUUUCAUGUCGAAUUCAUUGUUGGUAGUAACAUUCUUAUCGGACGGUCUGAAUCAUUCCGAAGAGAAUUUGAUUAAAGAAGUCAAGAUUAUUUCCCGCCUUGCAGAUGACGUAGAUGUACUAAUGAGGAUAGUUCACGGAUUGAUUCUGGAGAAAAUCAACGUGGAAACGCUUACGCAUUCGUACAAAACUCACGAGGACGUUCUUCCGAUGCUAGACUUUGUUUCGCAAGACGUGAAACUGGCGAUGAAUUUUAUGUUUGACUUGAAACGCUUGGACAACUUAAACUUGAUGGAGAUCGCCCGUGAUAAAAUUUCGUUCGUGUCUCGGAGCAAACAUAUGGAUAUUAUAUUGAAGAUCACAAUCAAUGUGAAACGUUUCGAUAAGCUCACUCCGAGUGAUGUUAAUAUUCGUUGUUUGCUGGGCACAAUAAGAGAAACAGACGUUAAAAACUUGAUUAAGAAUGUGAAAAAAAAUCAUAAGUUUCUGAGUCGAUAUAUGAACGACGUGAGGGAUUAUAUUGAUAUAAUGGAAGAGAUUUCAAUGACUCGUAAUUGAUCGAAUUGAUUAAAGUAGGUCGACCUUCCGUAAAACUAUUAUUCGAAUCACGUUAUAACUAGAAAAUAUAAGUUUUUAAUAUCGCCGAUAUAUUCUACAAGUGAUCGUGCAAUUAUCUGUACUACAUAAAAUUAACACCCAGUGUACAACUAGG